UGCUCUCUGCCCAGACAGCCGGGCGGGCGCCGACCAGAGGGCGGAGCGGGGCGCCCUGGGCUGCUGCUUGGCCCGGCGGGUUGCCGAACUCCGCGGCAGUCCUUCCCGGCGGCGGGCAGCUGCGGAGCAUGGCCCAGGGAGGCGGAGGGGAAGUCGCUGCAGGUAGAGGCGCGCUGGGCGCGGAGGCUGGCGGCGGCGCUCUGAGAGGCUGAUCGCCCACUGCGGGGACUGCGAGAGGCUCGACUCGGCUCCCGCCUUUCCAGCCAGACCUCCUGGAUGUUCAACUCAUGCUGAGCCACUGCAGUUGACUCCUCCACACCUCAGACAUGACGAGCCACUGACGCAGCAGAGCAUCUGAAUCCGGCCCGUGCCCAGGAGGCCACUUUGUUCCUAGGGAUGUACAACGCAAGCCGCUGGCAGCCCGGGUUUGUCAUGGAUUACGAAAACGAGACAUGGCCGGACGAGCCCUUGCACCUCUUCCCUGUGCCGCUGCUCGCUGCCGUCACGGUCACAUGCGUGCUCCUCUUUGUGGUCGGGAUCCUAGGCAACCUGAUGACCAUGCUGGUGGUCUCCAGGUUCCACGACAUGAGGACCACCACCAACCUGUACCUUUCCAGCAUGGCUUUCUCGGACCUGCUGAUCUUUCUCUGCAUGCCCCUGGAUCUCUUCCGCCUCUGGCAGUACCGGCCUUGGAAUUUUGGGGACCUUCUCUGCAAGCUCUUCCAGUUUGUCAGCGAGUGCUGCACGUAUUCCACCAUCCUCAACAUCACCGCCUUGAGCGUGGAGAGGUAUUUUGCCGUCUGCUUUCCACUCCGGGCCAAGGUGGUGAUCACCAAAGGCAAAGUCCGGCUAGUCAUCUUGGUGCUCUGGGCAGUGUCUUUUGUUAGCGCUGGGCCCAUCUUUGUCUUGGUUGGGGUUGAGCAUGAGAAUGGGACAAACCCCUGGGACACCAAUGAAUGCAGGGCCACGGAGUACGCCAUCCAGUCCGGGCUGCUGACCAUUAUGGUGUGGACGUCUAGCAUCUUUUUUUUCCUCCCUGUCUUUUGCUUGACUGUGCUCUACAGCCUCAUUGUCAGGAAACUCUGGAGGAGAAAGAGAAAGGAGAUAGGGCCAAAGACCUCCGUCAGGGACAAGUACAACAGGCAAACUGUGAAAAUGUUAGCGGUGGUGGUCUUUGCUUUCAUCCUCUGCUGGUUGCCUUUCCACAUUGGACGUUACCUGUUUUCCAAAUCUUUUGAGGCCGGAUCUUUGGAAAUAGCCGUCAUCAGCCAAUACUGCAAUCUAGUAUCCUUCGUCCUCUUCUACCUAAGUGCUGCCAUCAACCCAAUCCUGUACAACAUCAUGUCAAAGAAAUAUCGGAAAGCAGCUUACAGAUUCUUUGGGAUCAAGCCCACCAGGAAAAAGAGGCUCUCAGUGAAUAAGGAGGGUGGAUCUCACACUUGGACAGAGUCCAGCAUCAGAGCAACAUGACAAUAUAAGUGUCACGACUUUGCUGUCAAAACAAAAGCCAUAACCAAAAUGCAAAGGUAUUCAGGUUAUUUCUUCCCAUGGCUGGAAGUGGCUGAAAUUUAAAAUACAGGCAGCUACGGAAGAGAGAAUCUGCAGAGCAGAGGGGAUGCUAUUCAAGGAGAUCUGUGUUCAGUAAUCAUCACCCGAGAUGAAAUAGCUCCCCUUUUGUCAUUUCUUGGCAUCUGUGUUUCUAUACCUAUAGACCUUGGGGAGGGAGUUGCUUCUGCCAUUCGUAGCAUGUAGGACAUGAGCUAACAUAAUGCUCAUGAAGAGGGCUGGCCAUUACUGCUAUGCAGCCCUAGCGGCAGCACUUGUGAUGCAGCAACCAAUGGAAGGGAUGCUCCCUUCUGUACGUCACAUGUUGGUAUACUGUGCUUGUGUUGUACAGGUAUUGCAGGAGUUGAACAAAGGAAAUGUGAUGUGAUGCUAUAGAUGAGGGAAGGCGACGAAAGCAGAGUUGAGAAAGGUUUGAGUGACACAGAUGUCCUCUUCCCAUUUGAAAGACCCCAUUUGGGUGGCAGAAUCCUGGCAUUAACAGAGGGAGACUCUCACCCACACUUAGGAACAUAGGAAGCUGCCAUAUACUGAGUCAGACCAUUGGUCUAUCGAGCUCAGUAUUGUCUUCACCUAAUGGCAGUGGCUUCUCCAAGGCUGCAGGUAGGAAUCUCUCUCAGCCCUAUCUUGGAGAAGCCAGGAAGGGAACUUGGAACCUUCUGCUCUUCCCAGAGCGGCUCCAUCCCCUGAGGCGAAUAUGUUACAGUGCUCACACGUCUAGUCUCCCUUUCAUAUGCAACCAGGGCAGACACUGCUUAGCUAAGGGGACAAGUCAUGCUUGCUACCACAAGACCAAUUGUCCUCUCCACACUGCUAUGGGGCAAACUCUUUUAAUCUGGCAUUAGUCAGAGUGGGAUCAGGACCCACUACAUGUAGCUACUGAAGGAACAGGAAAUGUGUGUGUGGAAUCCAGAGUGCCUGGGGCUAGAUAUGAGGGUAGGAUGUGUAGACACAUCACCUAGUGGUGUGAAGGAGAUGCACCAUCUACUCUAGAUGGAAGAAGUUGAGUGAGGCACCUCUGUGAGUGGAUGAGUGGGUGAAGGAGAUCUUGCUAGGAUUGGACAAGUAUGAUGCAGUGCCAAGGAUGUCCAGGAUCCAGUGGUGGCAGGGGGUGGGGGAAGAGGGAGAUGUCAAUAUCUUGCCUAGUCAUCAAAGUGUCCAAGGAUGGCUCUGCUCACACAAAUGCUUCAGGAACAUCAAGAGAUCCCAUUGCCUGUCUACAUUUGUUGUUGAAUUUUCAUAGUGAAGAGAUGCAGCUACCUUGUAUGCAACAGCCAAAAUGCUCUUCUCUAGAGAGCUUCUGCCUUUAAAUGUAAGGAUUAACAGAAUGUCAAAAUGGGCCAACAUCCAGUCUAGUUAGUCAUGUCAAGGAGGCUCCAGUGACUUCAAUGAGACAAAUUAGUCAUGAUUAACUUCAGUCCCAUUGAUGGGACUUAGCUGUGACUUAAUCUGGGUGUUGCCCAUGGAAUUUAAAAAAAGUGCCAGGGAAGAGUGUUAGCAGAGCCGCUUUUGUUUUUAAAAUCGCUAUAUCGAAGCGAGCUUUGUAGAUUUCACCAUCAUUAUGGUUGAGAAGAAAUGGAUACGAAGAAAAGACUGUAAUUAUGUGUUGAGUAUUCAAGCCCAUUGGCCGACAUCCAGGCUAACACUGUGCUUGCAUCACAAAUAAAGUUGCCCCCGUGCAAGAAGAUUGUGAAUAAGGGAGAUGUUCAGAACUGUACUCAUGCAUUCUUGAUGCAUUCCAUAGGUUGUGCACAAGGAUCAACGUAUUAGCUCUAGCCCAGACAUAAUGCGACUGGUUAGUGCAGCAGCCUUGUGCUAGCAGAACAUAUUUGUACCAGCACAAAGUUAGUCAGGAUGUUGGGCAGAAUCCUCUACUCAGGACAAACAUUUUUUUAAAGACUGUGUAGGCAAAGGUGGCUGUGAAGUACCAUAUUUACCCGAAUAGAAGGCGACUCUGAAUUUAAGACGAUGCCUAAAAAAAUAUAGGUUAAAUACAGAUUAUGCCCUUUUUUACCCAAAAGAAAGAGGACUCUGAAUCUAAGACGAUCCCUUCAUAUUUGAGAGGAAAGAACUGGGUGGUGGGGACCACAUUUUAGAUUUGGGUAAAUAUGGUACACUUAGGGCUGAUUCACACACACAAGUACAUCAUCUGAUGAUUCUUUAUGAUGGUGACUUGCAGGGAACUUGUGAAGAGUCUCUGAAGGUAAUUGUGGCCCAACAUGAUAGGAAAGCUCUCUUGAUGGUAUUUGCUCUAUGCUGACUGAUUUAUACAUACUGUAUCUAACUGAAUCCAAGACUAAAUCCUCCCCCCACCAAGUUCUUUGAUGUUAGAAAUGGCGGGGGGCAGGUUGCCUUAAAUUUAGGGUCCUCUUCCAUUUGGGUAAAUAGUCUAACCCUAUUUUUAACCCAUAUUUUUAAAGUGGGGGGGUCACCUUAAAUUCAGGGUCAUCUUCUAUUUGGGUAAAUACAGUACAGGCCAUUAUUUGAUGCUGUGAUGAACAUGCAUGUGGAAUCUCACCCUUCCAGCAGGUGGAAGUGGCAAGGAUGAGGCACACCAAUAGCUAAGCAUGCACAAGGUUGCAAAACCUGAUGCCACUCCAAUAUUGCAGGGAAACUAUACUGAUGAUACAUUGAAAUGUACAUUGAUGUAUGAAGUACACAUGCCAGAAGAAGUGAAUGCUACCAAGAGCAACCGUCUUAAUUUGGGUCACCCCAGAAGCAGGUAUGUAGGACAACUGGAAUCAAUUGCACCUAAAGAACUGUGAGGAAAACCUGAAGAGAUGGACCUUUAGCUGUGCACUUACGCUUUUGGGCAAACUUUCUUGAACUUGUGGGGUCACAUUGCUUGUGUUUGGCAAAUUGGUCCAUUUCCCCCCAUGUCAUCAUUCCCUUUUUGUAUUUCAAUAAAAGUAUUUGUUUUUGUUAACAUCUG